UCCCUUUGCCGCGCUUGCUGGGGUUUUUCCCAAAGGUUGAGAACGUGAUUCCGGAGGGCUGCAAUAGGAGCAGGUGGAGAAGCAUCCUUGUUUUGGCAGUUGCUGCAGUUCUUCCUCUUAUCGUGGGUCUGAUCCAAGAAAGGACAAGCUUCCUUCCGUUGCUGUUUGAGCUUCAGUGAACUGUUGCUCAGAAUCUAGGCACUUCGGACACUUCGUCUCACUCCUUUCUCUGGUUUCACUGUAUAAAUCACUUAUACAUUUGUAACCCUGUGACUCUACUUUCUGCUCAUUGCCCAGAGGAAGGGGUCAAACAGGAAUUGCAAGUGUUUUGACGAAAGGGUCUGAGUACUGCAAGGAACUGUCUAAGGUGCUGAAGCUUCCCUAGCGUUUGUCUCCACCAGCGCCACAAGGGCUUAGAUUGCACGUUUUCUGUUCUCUUUCUGGUUCCCUAUGCCUUGGGUAAGUCUGUUAUCAGGAUCGUGAAUAUAUCUCUCCGUAUCAUGGCACACGUGAGACACUUUCGGACAUUAGUUUCUGGAUUUUAUUUCUGGGAAGCAGCACUAUUACUCAGUUUGGUUGCUACAAAGGAAACAAAUAGUGCAAGAUCUCGAAGUACUCCAAUGUCACCAUCUGACUUUCUGGAUAAAUUAAUGGGGAGGACAUCAGGGUAUGAUGCAAGAAUCAGACCUAAUUUUAAAGGCCCUCCAGUUAAUGUCACAUGCAACAUAUUCAUAAACAGCUUUGGCUCUAUUGCAGAGACAACUAUGGAUUACAGAGUGAAUAUCUUUCUUCGUCAAAAAUGGAACGAUCCUCGCCUUGCAUACAGUGAAUAUCCUGAUGAUUCUUUAGACCUCGACCCAUCCAUGUUGGACUCCAUUUGGAAGCCUGAUUUGUUCUUUGCCAAUGAAAAGGGUGCCAAUUUUCAUGAAGUCACAACAGACAACAAAUUGCUAAGAAUUUUCAAAAAUGGAAAUGUUCUUUACUCGAUAAGAUUAACAUUAACACUUUCCUGUCCAAUGGAUCUCAAAAAUUUUCCAAUGGAUGUACAAACGUGUAUAAUGCAACUGGAAAGUUUUGGGUAUACAAUGAAUGAUCUUAUUUUUGAAUGGCAAGAUGAAGCACCUGUACAAGUGGCCGAAGGACUAACUUUGCCCCAGUUUCUGUUGAAAGAAGAAAAAGAUUUACGAUACUGCACUAAACAUUACAAUACAGGAAAGUUUACAUGUAUAGAAGUACGAUUCCAUCUGGAACGACAAAUGGGAUACUAUCUCAUUCAGAUGUACAUUCCCAGUCUCCUGAUUGUUAUUCUAUCCUGGGUUUCAUUCUGGAUCAAUAUGGAUGCAGCUCCAGCCAGGGUAGCUCUGGGAAUAACAACUGUACUUACUAUGACUACACAGAGUUCUGGAUCACGAGCUUCCUUACCAAAGGUUUCAUAUGUCAAAGCUAUUGACAUUUGGAUGGCAGUAUGCCUCCUUUUUGUGUUUUCAGCACUUCUGGAAUAUGCAGCUGUAAAUUUUGUAUCAAGACAGCACAAAGAACUGCUGCGACUUCGACGAAAGAGAAAGAAUAAGACAGAAGCUUUUGCAUUGGAGAAGUUUUACCGUUUCUCAGACACGGAAGAUGAGGUAAGGGAAAGCCGAUUCAGCUUCACAGCAUAUGGAAUGGGACCAUGUCUGCAAGCAAAAGAUGGUGUAACUCCAAAGGGCCCAAACCAUCCUGUACAGGUAAUGCCAAAAAAUCCUGAUGAAAUGAGGAAGGUCUUUAUUGAUCGGGCCAAGAAGAUUGACACCAUCUCCCGAGCCUGCUUCCCAUUAGCUUUCUUGAUUUUUAACAUUUUCUACUGGGUUAUCUAUAAAAUCCUUAGGCAUGAGGAUAUUCAUCAGCAACAAGAUUAAGUCCCUGAUGGCAUACAAACACAAACAUUAAAUUCAGAAGAAAAUUUUCUUGCCAUAGCUGUAUGUAUGUGUGCAUAUGUACAUGUGCGCUGUGUCCAAAUGAUAGCCAUUAUAUUAAAACAGUAAGAGGAAAAGGUUUAUUUUGAUUUUUAUGUGAAGUCAUGAGAGAAGCCAAGGUUCUUUUAAUGGAUACAAAAUAUGUAUUAUGGGGAUUCUGUUUCAUGUUAAUUCAAGAAGAAAUGUUUUCUUCAUAGUAAAUCAUAUAUGUGGAAGCUUUACUGCCAAUAUGUUUGUAUGUUAUAUAAUAUUACAUAGUAGUAGAUGUAAAAACUACUUUGGAGUAUCUUGAUUUUUAAUUCAGUGAUAUUAACUGUGACAAAAGCAAGAUUUGUACAGUAAAUUUUAUGAAAGAAAAAAGGAAAAUGACAAAGAUAAAAAAUAUUAAUAGUUUGAACUGUAAAAUUAUUUUCUUAUAUUCACACAAAAGGAAAGUAUUCAGUAAUUCAGUGGAAAAUUCACUCAAAUUAAGUAUUAUUAUACAGAGAAACACUAUAGAACAUAUGUAGUGACAAAAAGUUUCAAAUUAGGAGGUUAAAAACUUUCAUUGUUUAGAAUACUAUAUACAAAUAUUUAGAAUACCAAGUUUUCCUUUGUGGAGAUUUCAAGCAAAUGGCUUAGUAGAUCACACUGUAUUCAAAAACCUACUUUUCAUAAAAUUUGUAUCUCUAGGAAUAAGGAUGGAAUUACUUAAAGACAUUUUUGUUUUUAAAUAAUUGUUACAAUUAUGUAUUUUAAAUUAUUGCCAAACACUGAAAAAUUCAAGCCAGCACCUUCAUUUUUGUUAUAUUUUUAAUAGCUGCUUACUUGUUUGUGAUUACAUUUAAUGUUUUGAUAUAUAACUGAACAAAGUUCAGUAACUUUUAUAUUUUGGUUUAGAAUGAGACUUUAAAUAUCAAUGUAAUUAAAAGUAUUUACAUUUUGAUAAAAAUGAAUUCAAUGAAAACAAAUUCAUGAAACCUUUUUUAAUAAGCACAGUUUCCCAUCAAAAUUACAUGGGUUCAAACUUUCCAAAUAUAAAGAGAGUAGGUUUAUAAUUGAUAUGUCACUCAAUUCUAUGAAGAUUGUUUUCAUAUUUCUGAAUUAAUGAAUUCAAAAUAUAAGCCAUUCACAACAUGUGAAUGAUUUUAAAUAAAAAUUUUACUUAAAAUUUAUCAAUUCCCCCAUGGAAUUAUUUCAACUGCAAUGGGGUAUCAGCUCAUUUCAUGCAGUGUAAUUAGGUAGAAACAUGUGAUAGUGUUCUUGGUUAAGCUGAACCAGACUCUAAUUCUUUUCUCUUGCUAUUUUUUUAAAUUAUUUUUUUACCAUCAAUGUUGUAUUUGAAAAUAUUUUUGAGUGCUUUUAAGAUAUUUUAAUUAUCAGUAGCACUGGAUGAAAACUCAGUGUAUCAAAUUAUUUACAGAGAAAAAUAAACAUUAAGCUGAUAUAAGAUAGAAAAAUAAGCCAGUUCUGAAAUCGUGUGUACUAUUUUCUGACCUUUAACCACUCUCAAACUAAAAGCAGGAACUGUCAUUUAAAAUGGAAUCUUUUCAAUGUUUUUGUACUUUGGUUUAGUUUUUAAAAAUUAACUUUAAAAAAGUACUUAGUAUUAAAAAAACAAAUUCUCUAAGUAAUUGAGACAAGAAAAAUAUGUCAUCAUGAAAAUUCUACAACUGGAAGAAUUUACUAUUAUGUACUUUACCUACUUUGAGGACUACCCACCCCAAAAUUAUACAUAUGUGUCUUCAUUUGCUGUCUAUGAACUAAAACCAUGAAAGAAUAUUCUCAUAAUGAAGAUAAGAGCAAAACAGACUGUUUCUUAUCACUGAGAACUAGUUGGGGGAUUUGACAUAAUGAUAAACUAAACUGUCUCAAUGUCUAUGAAAUACUUGAAUACAUUUUUCUAUAUUUUAUAUAUUUUAUUUCAAAGUUUUCUAACACUGCUUACAUUAAAUUAAUUCUGAAAAAAGAAAACAAAUAUAUUAAGAUAAGCAUACAUAGUCCCAAAAGAAAUUCAUAGACAUCACUUGCUUUCAUACUUAAGGAUAUUACAAAUGUGUCAUUUUUUUAAAGCCUAAAACUAUGAAUGUAAGUUUACUAGCAAUGAGAAAACUUGUCAACAAGGGCAUCAGUACUUUCAGAAAUAUAUCAAAACUAUUAAACUUCCCUUAGGCAUAAUUUUAAUUUCCUAUUAUUCUUAUUAUUGCCCUCCUGCAUAAGAAAAUACUCUCUCAUAGCCUCACUUACACAGUAACAGUGACAAGAUAAACACAGCUGAAUGCAAAAUGUUCAAAGUUAAUGUCCCCUCUAAUGACUCCUUACACUGUAAAACUAUAUUGUAAUUAGCAUCCUGAAAUAGUACUUGCUCCGACAAGCCCUGUUUCAGACCAGCAUAUUUUAAAUUAAAAAAAAAAAAACUACUAAUGGUGAGAAAUUUUUAAAGUGUACAUAUACACUAAAUACCACACAUUUUGUUGGAUUUCCAGUAUUGAUAUUCUAAAAACGUUCUGAAAUAGCCAUAUUAGAAAGUGCAUACAGUUUUUUUUAAAAAGUUACUUAUCUCAUGGGCUGGAAAUUUGGCUCAGUUUGUUAAACACUUGCCUGGCAUGCAUGAGGCCCUGGGUUAGAUUCCUAGUGUGUGUAUGUCUCUCUCUUUCUCUCUCUCUCUCUUAUACACACACACAUAUACACACACACACACAAACACAAACACCUCAACCAAUGAAAUAUUUGGUAACACAGCCUAUGAAUUUUAAAGAAAUCUUGUCAACAUACAUGUGUUCAACCUUCUCUUUCCUUCCCAUUAGAAUUAGACUUACACUAUGAUAGAAACCUAGCACUUUCUUUACUACUUAUAUUAGGAAACCAGAAUCACCCUAGAAGCAAGAAAGCAAGGGUCUUUAAAACUUUCCCCAGCCUUUCCAGAAAUUUUUUCAUGACACUUAUCUGAAAAGUCCAUCCAAUUCUCAGUGUUAUAUGAAAAUGAACAUUAUGGUUGUUCAUAGUAUUACAUAAUAAAUUUUACUCUAUGAAUAUAUUCUAAUAAUCUUUAUCUUAAUUUUGAAUUAUAAAUGUUUAUAAAUUCUAAAUAUGUAUAACUAAGACAUAAAUAUAUGUUUAACAGAAGAGAACAAGUUGUUAACUCUUCUACAUUCUGUGCAACUUACAAUUAUAUAACAUUUGGAGAAAAUUAGUAUCCUUCAUACUACAUAUCCUUUUCCUGAAUAUCAUUCAUCUCAUUUUUUAAAUAUAGUCUUCUAUUCCUAAUAUGAUACACCUCAACUUUCUGAUUACUUGGGGGAAUUGAAUAGUAUAAUGUCAGCUAAAUUUUUCCUUUUACCUACAAAGUACACAUUCCAUGAAAUUGGCUCCAGUUAAUAUGGGACUUGCCAAAAUUAAAAUAGCUUCUUCUAGUAUUAAAAGUAGAAAACUGGAAAUACCAUAUUCAAAGAUAUCCCUCUCUAACAAUGAUUUAGAGCACUCUAAGAAACUCUUGAGAAUGAAAACGUGUCUAAUAAUCCUCAGAUAGAUCAUUAACAAUCUUUGAGGUGAUAUCUUCUACUCCAAAAUGAAUUUCACACACUUUACAAUACACUUAAGAGCAUGAUCUCUAAAUUACCUGUAUUUCUCAGCUAGCAGAUGUUGAACUAGCAAAGCAAAGCAAAUCAUGCUAAGUACACAUUGAAAAAACAAUCAGUAUUUGUGAUGCUGACAAGGCAAGGACUAUAAAAUAAAGGCCUUGAUGAAACUGUUAUGAGAUGAGUUACUCUAUACACAGACCAUUUAAUUUUAGCAGUCUAUCCAAGGAAAAUAUAAUCCAUGAAAAUAUGACUUAUAAACAUAAUAACUAUUUUAGUUCACUAAGGAGAUUAGUCAGGAAUUAUCUUGAUGACUCACAGUUCUUCCCAUCUUUGCAUCAGCAAGCUACUCUUGAAUUUCACCCAAUUGUUAAGCACAGUUUAUAAAAACUAUAUAUAUGCUGCUUGUUAAUUUAAAUAUUCAAUUUUUGAACUGGCUCAUUACAUUACCUAAAUUUGGCUUCAAGAAUGAGUUAUAUAAAUGGGCGCAGUGGCACAGGCCUGUAAUCCCAGUGGCUUAGCAGGCUGAGACAGGAGGAUCUUGAAUUCAAAGCCAGUCUCAGCAAAAGCCAGGCACUAAGAAACUGAGUGAGACCUUGUCUCUAAAUAAAAUAUAAAAUAGGGCUGGGAAUGUUGUUCAGUGGUCUAGUGCCCUCAAGUUCAAUCCCUGAUACACCCCCACCCUCCGAAAAAAAAAAAAAGAAUGAGUAAUUAGUUAUUAUAGAGGUACUGAAACAUUUAGCACAAUCACUAUAAAUUUAAUUUGCUUUUUCAGUAGCUGGCUUCAUGUGCACUUCAGAGAAGAAUUUAGUGUAAAAACUGUACAAUUUUUUAAAUGUCAAAUUUCAAGAAACCCUUAAAAUGGGCCCAAAAUUGUCUAAUCGUCUCAUACAAAAUUAGAAUAGUUUCUGGUGCAGGGUUGUUUUUUUUCCCCCAAUAAUUUUGACAAGACCACUUUAUUUAGCUGAACCUGAUAAUGAAUAGUAGAAAGGCAUGACCAUGAAAAUUCCAAGUCUCUAAGAGAGUAACAAUUUGACCAUAAUAAUCUAGUCUUGUUCUGCACAAUUCCUUCAUAAUUUUUUACAGCAUCCUCUAUUUGGGGCCACAAGGCCAUUCACAGCAUAGCAGGAAUAAUCCUGACCAUCUCUAUGAUCAUUUAAAGUAUGGAACCUUUUACUGUGCACAUAGUCAUUCUGUCUCUGUCAUGAAAAUUUUACAUUUACCAUUUGAAACUUAAAGGAAAAUGUACACAAUGUUUUAUUGGCUUUUUAUUUUAUACCUUGAAAUUCAUCAACUCAUCAUUCUGAUAUCUAAAAGGAUUCCAAAAAUUAUUACAGGUUGUAGCUACAAAUCAGUUUAGUGCUUUUCAAUAUAAUAAGGUAGAAAUCAUAGUAAAUAUGGUGUACAUGAAAACAAGAUUCUUUUCUUAAUGGAAUGCAUUUUUAUACCUUUAUAAGACAUGUUUUCCUCUGAUGAUUUUUUUAUUCAUGUACUACAAAUAGUAACAUUGCAAUGUUGUUUUAUUCUAUUAUAAACUUUUCAUUAAUAAGCAUGCACACUACCAACUGUCUCAAUUUAAUUAAUUUUAAGAUUAAACUUACAGCCUCACUCCUAUUUAAAAAACAUUAAAAAUUGAACUACCACAGAGACACAGCUGUUGUUGCUAAAUAUUUCAAAAGAAAAGUGACAUAUACUCUUCUAUAACAAAGAUAUUUAGACCUCAAGUGUAAAAUCCUUAACAAUUUAAAUAUAAGGUAAGAAAAAUCUAAAGAAACUUCUCCCAGAAAUUGAGCCAGGAGGUACAAAAAUCCCAAGCUAGUAGCUACAUUACCUGUUUUUCAUCUACAUUUUUGUAGAUGCUGCAUUCAUAUCUCUUGUGUCCCUCUAUUAUACAUACUUAAAAGUUCACUUUUUUUGUUAACAAGAUGAAUUCUUUCAAAUUAGAAACAUAUAGGGAGUCAACUUUUCUAGACAAAGGUCCAUAAUUCUAUGAUGUUUUGCAAUAUAUGUGAUUCUCUGAGGGAAUCAUUUGAAUUGAUCAUGUCUUAAUUUUCAAACCAUAAUAUUUUGCCUCAAAAUCACAUCUGGAUCAAAUCUUCUCUUUCUUAUCAAUGGAAUUCUAAAAUACUAUUUAGGGUCCAGUUGUGUGGCUCAGUGGUAGUAUACUUACCUAGCAUUUUUGAGACCCUGGGUUCAAGUGCUAGUACCACAAAUACUAACAAUUACAAUAAAAAUGAUAAUAAUAAAAAACUAUUCAAACUGUAUUUGAAUAACAGCUAUUUGUCAACACUUCUUCCAAAAUACAACUGUUGGUGUUAAAAUUGCAUUUUAACAUUUUAGCAUUAAGUAGUUUUCUCAGUAAUUUUUUAUUGAUCACACAUAAGCAAAAUAAGAGAAGAAUUUUAAAGAUUAUAGAGUAUUACUUAAAAAACAAAGUGUGGUUCUCAAUUCUUCUGAUAUACACCAGAACUCGGAGCCACUUUAUAAACAUACACGUAUAUAUUUGAUUCCAACAUAUAUCAGAUACACACACAAUUCCAACAUAGAUUGUAAUUCAAUCAUCAAUUAAAUAACUAUUCAUUGAGCACCUUGUGUGUGUUGAGCACUGUGCACUAUGCUGAAUUCAGUAUCUUUGAGGUGAGACAUGAAAUCUUGCAUUACUGACAAAGUUUAACAAAUGAGAGAACUGAUGUGAACACAUACAAGCCUAUUCUUUUAAUAAGGCUUGAUUUAAUGCUGUUAAAAAUUCAUAAUUUUUUUCUUUCUUCAAGCAACCCAUUUCAGUUGUCUCCAUUUACAUUCUUGGAAUCAGAAAUAAACCUUUGAGCUUUCCCCCCAAUGUCAGAUCCUUCAUCAUUACAUUAUCUACAUUUUCCUAACACCCAUACAGCAACAGUAGCUCAUUACUCUGAGGGCAGCCUGGUCCUUUUCUGUAUGACAGAAAAGUUCAUCCUCAUCAAUAAAUUGGUUUACUGUCUAAGAAACAAAUAAGUCUAUUCUAUUCUCAUCAGACAAUCCAUAAUAUAUUUUCUAAUGUCUCCUGCCUAUGUUUAAGCUCAAUAUUAUUUUAAAUCAGGUAUCACUAGCUUUAUUCUUAUUUAAGUAAUUCAUUACAACACUUCAAGUAUUAAACACUGAUGAGGUAUUUUCAGGUUUAUAAAACAUUGAAACAUAAAAUUAAUCAUCUACAUAAAUAUAAAUUGGUUUUAAAAAGUCUAUAUAAAUUAUUUGCAGUAAUUUUAAAUAUUUUCCUGCAAUCUAGCAAUAAUUUUUAAAAUAAAUAUUGAAAAAUGUAAUUCAGAUAUGAAGAUACAAUAUAAAACCCUACAAAGUAGAAUAAAAUUUUAAAAACUAUCAUCUCCACACAAUACAUAUUUUUACAACAAAACUAUAGUAAAAAAUAAUGAAUUGUUAUUUUAAUAGUGGAUUUUUCUAUGGGGUGGUUUUAGUAAAGAUGCCUUCAGGGAACUCCACUUAUUUUCUAGCCUGGCUUGUAUGUGAGAGGUAAGGAGUUGCAACUUAAAGCCAAGCAAGGAUAUUCAAACAUAAAGCUGCACUUGAAUAUGCUUAAAUAAUUUUGCACUCUUUCACUUUUAUCUCUAUGAAUUAUGCAAAAGCUUUUCCUUAAGUUUCCAUUUUAAUGUAUGAUAGAUGAUAGCACUGGGGGAAAAGUAGAAUGAAGUACCUUGAUGUUCUCUGGAUACAAUGUGCUGUGAAAAACAAAACAAAAAGAAAAUGCACCACAUAUUUUCCAGGGAGUAUCUCAACAUGAUACACAGUGACUUCAUUACUGGUGAGACAAUAUGUUUAAAAGAUUACCCCUGAAAAAAUACUGCUAUUUUAUGAUGUUAGCUAUUUUUCUGUAGAUCUAAAACUUGUCUUCCUGAGUCUGAUAUCUGUUUUCCUGUCCAGACUGGUGUCAUAUUUUUUCAGAAAAUUAUACUAAAAAUAUAUUUUAAAAUUUAUGCACGAUUUUAUCAACUUAAUUUUCAUUAUAUUAUCUUUAGUUCAAUUCUGCAACUAACCAGCUCUAUAAUGAGUCAUUAACCCAUGAACAUUAUAUGAUAUUUAUCAUGUAACUGCAGAUAAUUUGAUCAAAAUCAAUAAAAGUUAACACUUUCCAAGACUA